CAUACUUAGGAACACAAUUUGAAUUCGAUAAAGUUUAUGAAGCAGUCUGAAGUCGUUAGUAUCAUUGAAUGUUUAAAUUUGAAUUGCACAGAUUUUUUACACAUAUUUAUAUUGUGUGCGUAACGUAUGUUUUAUAGUGAUAUAUUUAUUAUUUAUAAACCAUCAAUUUAAAACAUUAUGGAUUCUGACGUGGAAAAACUUCAAAGUCUACUGCUCGACACCAAUCUUCCAUCGACCAUACACGAUCUCAGAAAUCCAACAGAAGAUUUUGUUAUAAAUUUAAUUGUAACAUUUUUAACAUGGUUUAAGAUCGAUAUUAAUUCAAUUAACAAGCCCACUUUCGAACAGCAAGUAGUUAUGUCGUGUAUAGAAGAUACUGACAUUGUAAGCAUUAUUAAUCUACAUGUAAUAAUGAGACAAAUAUGUGACCGAAUAUUUAUAAAAGAUUUUUGUAUAAGUGAUAUUACUAAUUGUGGCUCCAAAAGAAUACGUAAAUUUGCAAGAUAUUUAGCUAAUUUUAUACUUUAUGCAACUAAUAAAGAAUCGGAUAUGGAAGAUAUCAUAAAAGAAAUUCAUAGCAAAGCUAAAAAAUUGGAAGAAUUACAAGAAAGGAAAAAAAGUAUACUAACGAUAAAAAAUGAGAAAGCAAUGAAUAUUGCCAAGCAAUUAUCUUUAAAAGAAAAGUAUGAAAUGGAAAUACAGCAAAUGCAGUCACUUAUUGAAGACAAUGAAACAAGGAAACUUGAACUACAGGAAGAGAUGAUUGUUAUAGAAGAGAAGAGACAAAAAGUAGUGGAAGAUUAUAAUACUCACAAACUUGAAGCUCAAAGGCUUGAUAAAACAAUAGCAGAACUGAAAUUGGAGGUAGUGAAAUCUCCGGAAGAAUACAAAACUCGUUUGUAUAAUUUGGAAGAACAGAAUAAAGCAAAAAUUGAAGAGCGAGAAAAAAUGCAAGAAACAUUUUUAGCUAAAAACGAGUUAGUUAAAAAAUAUGAGAACAUAUUAUCUUUUGUACAGAAACAAUAUGAGAAAUUCUCAGAAAUAAGAGAUAUAUAUGGACAUUUAAAGAAAACAAAUAUUCAAGGAGAAAAUAUCAAGAAGCAAGUUGAUACGAUGAAAAACGAUAUUACUGAAUUAAUUAAAAAACACAAAAUGCAAGAAGAUCAUCAAGGGUCUACUAUCGAUGAGAUUCAUGCACAAACCAAAGAAAGAUUAACUGCAGUUCGUGAAUUACAUACACAAUUAUUAAGUAAUAAAAAGUUGGCACUAGUUAAAUUGGAAGAAAAUAAAUUAUUAUAUAAUGAUUCAUGUAUGGAUAAAAAUAAAAUCAAAGAUCUCGUUAAAAAAAUAGAAGGAGAAACAUCUGCUUUUAUCAAGAAUUGUCAAGACCUUUAUAAUAAUGAAAUUCGAAAUGAAAUCAAUUUACAAAAAUGUUUCAACAAAGCUUGGGAAGAGUCACAUAAUACCGUAGAAUAGUUUUUUAAAACAUUUGAAAAUAGAGUUUUAAAAAAAUA